CUAUUCCAUCGAACUCUCGGAGUUGGAGAUCUCGAUACGACUCCAUCAUCUAUAAGACGUUUACGUGUUUGACUCAUUGAUGCUUUGGUUUGUUCAAGGAGGACACGUAGAGGAAGAAAUCUCUGGAGAAGUGAGAACACGUUAAUGGUGAUUAUCAUCGAGAAGAUGAAAGAUUCAGUAUUGUUCCUCGUUGGGCUCUUCUCUUUAUCUGUUUUGGUCUCUCAGUCGAUCUCAGGGAGAGUCAAAGCUCCAUUGUUGCAGAGCAAUACUGGUGGAUUAGUUUUCAGCAAAUCCUUCAAUUCGAUCUAUGAUACUUCUAUGUACGGACGCUUGCAGCUCAACAAUGGCCUUGCUCGAACUCCUCAAAUGGGAUGGAAUAGCUGGAAUUUCUUUGCUUGCAAUAUCAAUGAAACAGUCAUAAAGGAAACUGCUGAUGCUUUACUUUCAUCUGGAUUGGCUGAUUUGGGAUACAUACAUGUCAAUAUUGAUGAUUGUUGGUCCAAUUUGUUACGCGAUUCAAAGGGUCAAUUGGUUCCUCAUCCUGAAACCUUCCCAUCAGGAAUUAAGCUUCUUGCUGAUUAUGUUCAUUCAAAGGGUCUCAAACUCGGUAUAUAUUCUGAUGCUGGCGUUUUCACGUGUCAAGUUCGCCCGGGAUCCCUUUUCCAUGAAGUGGAUGAUGCUGACAUAUUUGCUUCUUGGGGUGUGGAUUAUCUGAAAUAUGACAACUGUUUCAACCUGGGAAUAAAACCAAUCAAAAGAUACCCUCCAAUGCGUGAUGCUCUAAACGCAACUGGUCGCUCAAUCUUCUAUUCACUUUGUGAAUGGGGCGUUGAUGAUCCAGCCUUGUGGGCAAAAGAAGUUGGAAACAGUUGGCGCACAACCGAUGACAUCAACGAUACAUGGGCAAGUAUGACUACAAUUGCUGAUUUGAAUAACAAGUGGGCUGCAUAUGCUGGACCUGGUGGUUGGAAUGAUCCGGAUAUGUUGGAAAUUGGGAAUGGAGGGAUGACAUACGAGGAGUAUCGAGGUCAUUUUAGCAUUUGGGCUUUGAUGAAGGCACCCCUGUUGAUUGGUUGUGAUGUAAGAAACAUGACCGCUGAAACUUUUGAGAUUUUGAGUAAUAAGGAAGUUAUCGCUGUAAACCAAGACCCACUUGGUGUUCAAGGAAGGAAAAUUCAAGCCAAUGGAGAAGAUGAUUGUCAGCAGGUGUGGUCAGGACCUUUAUCUGGUGACCGUAUUGUAGUUGCUCUCUGGAACCGUUGCUCUGAGCAAGCAACCAUUACAGCAUCAUGGGAUGUGAUUGGUCUUGAAUCUACCAUUAGCGUCUCAGUAAGAGAUUUGUGGCAGCACAAAGAUGUUACAGAGAACGCGUCUGGCUCCUUUGAAGCUCAAGUAGACGCACACGACUGUCAUAUGUACGUUCUCACUCCCCAGACAGUAUCACACUCCGAUGUAUAGUUCUUUGUUAGAAGGCACUUUGUUAGGAGGCUCUCAAAUCUCAAAGAUUGCCUUGUGUUUCUGUAUACCUGUUGUGUAUCCUGUAACACGUGAAAUCUAUUGUUGUUACUCAGGACAACUUUCAUAGUGUCUGGUUGUACAAAACCUAGUGUUUAUGUUUUGAGCACUGAGUGAAAUAAUGUUUGUUACU